AUGGAUCGCUACAGAAAGCUUCGAAAUUUAGGAAGAGGUCGUUACGGUGAAGUUUGGCUUGUUGAAAGAAAUUAGAUCUAAUUAUAGUUAACUACACUGACUGGCACGGGGUGCUUUUGGCUCGAAACUGAGCCAAAAGCACCCCGUGCCAGUCAGUGUAGUUCACUAUAGAUAGUAAGACAACUCUUAAAUAGCUCGUAUUUGUUUUCUGAAGCCUUACACGUGAGAUACGAGUGUAGCUCUAAGAAAAGGAUCGGCAGCUACACGACUGUUAAAAAAUCGACUCGCCUCCAGUAUCAAAGAAUACUCUUUAACCACUAUCCAAUGUCAGUGGAUAUUGUCUCUAUAGGUAAAACUCUCAGAAGAACCAAAGCUACGCUUCACUGAGCCCAGAAUAAUGGGAACUACCCUUGCCAAGCAGUUCCAUUUUAAUUGUGUAGAUUAGAUUAAAAUUCUAGCGGGUCUAUAGGGAUUAUUUCAGUCCCUCGCCAUCUCAUGUAUAGCUCCGUGUUGAGCUAAGCGCUAUCCUCGCACCUGCUCUUUUAUUCCUGAAGUUGCCUAAAAUGGUGGCAUAGGAGUUCUCUCUCGGGGAGAUCACCCUAUCCCUAUCUUUGGUCCCGGAAACGAAGACUCCCUUAAUUCCGACAAGGUUCAGAGUCUGGAUGAACCAUUUUGCCUCCUCCUGGCCAUCUGAGCCAUAAUACAGGCUUCAUAUUGCUAAUUGCUGAGUGACAUUGCACCGGUAGGUACGUCUCCGAGCCAGAAAAAAGGUAGAGAAUCAGACUCUAGACCAAAAUACCCACCCAGAAAGCUGCCAUGAUGUGGCUUCACCCCUCUGGAUGCAGAUCAACUCACAGAAUACCAAAUACCCACGUCAUAUCUCACCCUUUUCUUGUUGAAAGAGAAGAUGGUGCCUUAGUUGCAAUGAAAAAGGUGCCUUUAGAAACUGAACAGCCCAAUUGUAAAGAGGUAAAUGUACUGGAGCAGCUAGACCAUCCCUAUGUGAUUCAGUACCAUGAAAGCUUUAUUGAUGACAGCUAUCUCUGCAUUAUUAUGGACUACGCCGAAGGUGGAGAUCUUGCUGCUCGAAUUCGAUCAGUUAAAGAUCAAAAUAGCAGUUUUAACGAGACUCAAAUUUGGAAGUGGGUUGGACAACUCGCUGAAGCGCUAAACCAUAUUCACAACAAUAAGGUUAUUCACAGAGAUCUAAAAAGCCAUAAUAUUUUUUUAACAAAAGACGGAGGUGUACAAGUUGGGGACUUUGGGAUCUCAAAAAUCCUCAAUUUCAGCGAUGAACUUGCUGUGACUAGUGUAGGAACACCUUACUAUUUGGCUCCAGAAAUAUGCAAAGGAGAGCCAUAUGAUAAUAAAGCAGAUAUAUGAAGCUUGGGCUGCAUUAUAUAUGAGCUUUGUACCUUAAAACGGCCAUUUGAAGGAGAAAACCUUAUAGCAGUAGUUAAUGGAAUAUUAAAUACAGAGCCAACUCCUAUCCCAGAAAAAUACAGUGAAAAUUUAAAAAAUUUGAUUUCAUCCAUGCUAAAUAAAAGCAAAGAUCUUCGGCCUUCAGCAUCUGCAAUUUUGGCGAUGCCCAAUUUUAAUUUUACAGAGGAGCGCAAAGAGCUCAGCAUAAACAUGAGGAAAGUCAAAAAAGGCUACCAAAAAGAAAUUUCUAUUAAUAUCCCUACCCCCACUCACAUUCCUCAUAAAUCAAACCCAAUACAUCCUACAUCAGCUCCAUCUAGCCAUAAGCCAGAAACUCCUAUUGAUUCAGCAAAUGUUCAGACAGCUACCCAUUCCCAAUGUGCUAAAAAAAGUCCUCCGUCAAAAAAUGACGGCUCAGCGACGUCAAGGUCUUCACAAAGGUGCUUUACUUUUUCAGAAAGUAUAUUAAAGCAAUGCCCAAGCUCUCCUAUUAGGCCUAUGCUGAUGGGAGACUUUUUAAGAAGCAAACUAGGAGAUGACAUUUUUGUAAGAGUAAGAAGAGUCCUCAUGAAUACCAAAGAUCCAGCAAAAUUAAUAAGUGAAGAGCCUUGAAUAAUUUCUGACAUCUGUGGAGAAGAAAACUUGAGUAUUAUUGACGUGGGGAUUGCAUUUGAUGCUUUUAAUUUAGAUAACCAAGUGCCAUAUCCACCAACAAGUACAAGUAAAAGGGUGAAUGUAAGGACUUUUUCGAAUUUAAGUAGAAAAGCUAGCCAGUAG